GGACAUCAGGGAUUGUCCUGGACCUCAGUCUGCUCUCAAGGAGCUCAACUCUCAGGUCAAAGAGAAGUUCAACAAGCUCCGACUCAGAAUACAGGAUCUGGAGCAGAUGGCCAGCGAGCAGGACAGAGAGACGGAAAGACAGGCCAUCCAGGCAGAGACAGAGAGUCAGAGAAGGCAAAUGCAGAGUAACCAGACAGCGUGGAGGAAAGCUAACCUGGCUUGUAAACUGUCCAUUGACCACAUGGAGAAAGACGAGCUGCUGCUUUCAGGAGAAACCCCCGGCACCAGACAGAGGAAGGCGACUAAAGAAAACCUUGUGGAUACCAGUAGCAACAUCACGGAGAGUCUGAUGUCUAUCAGCAGAUUGAUGUCUGAACAGGUGAAGCAGAGCGAGGACACCAUCGGCACACUGGCCACUUCCUCCAGGACGGUGCAGGAAACCAAUGAGGAGUUCAAAAGCAUGACAGGAACCAUCCACCUGGGGAGGAAACUGAUCCUCAAGUACAACCGGCGGGAGCUGACGGACAAGCUGCUCAUCUUCCUGGCUCUGGCGCUCUUCUUCGGUACCGUCCUCUACAUCCUGAAGAAGCGCCUCUUUCCUUUCAUCUAGCCAGCCGGCCGGCUCGGUCUAUCACCUGCUUACUACAAGAAUGUUUUAGUUUUGAGUAUUUUACUUAGCAAGGAGUUAAAUAACAGGUAUGAGAUUAAACCUGGACUACAUGGGGAGAUAGAAGCAGCAUUAAAACUGGAAAGAUGCAAAUAGAAACAGUGCCAAGGGAAAAUGUUUUUCAUUGGUCAGCAGCCUAAUUUUUAACUCAAACAAAAUGCAAUAUGUGGAUUUAUAAAACUGGAAUGAUGGGCUUUGUUAGGUUGACUUAAGUGUUAAGAGUGGAGCGACUAAAACUGGCACAGUGAAGGCUUUAAAGCCUUUGAAUUUCACACCUCUGCAAACCUGACAAGAAGACAUCGCAUGAAAAGGGCACUUGGAAGCAAAGUGAGGCGUUAACACUUUAUCUGGUCUUCAGAACUAAACAGGGUCAAGGCUAUAGUUUGUAGUAACCUUUGUUUUGUUUACUUAUUAUUAAAUUACAGUCUGUGUGCGAGUGUGUGUUCAAGAGAAAAGGUGUGUGUUUAUCUGUUUCAAAGACACUGUUAUUACAGAGUUAACCUUGUCAGUGACUAUUUGUAUGUCAACAAAAGUUUAAAUAAAGUUCAAUAAAUUUG